CAUCCCUCCCCUCCCUCCCCUCCCCUCCCUUCCCCUCCCUCCCAUCCCCAGCGUCUUCCUUUAUGAGUCUGCGCCUCUCCCCGCUACUCUCGCAUUGAGACCCCGGGUGCUGAAACGAACGUGGGAACGCAUCUCUUACGCCUGGUUGACUCAGUGACAAAUCAGAAUGAAGCUGUGGAUCAUCCUCUGCAUGGGGCUCGUCGGGACAGCUCUGGCCUUGCCCGAGAGUUACCUGGAGAGUGCUUUGGAAGCCGAUGGCGAGGUCGUUGAGGAAUUGCCAAUGGAAGGAGGCAAUCCCGUGCAAGGGGAGGAGGAGGUGGAGUUUGAGGAUGAGUCUUGGGCGGAGGGGAAGGAGGAGACCAGAGAUGACGCCUCUGGGCCGUGUGGGUCGUACCACUGCAAAGAGGGGAAGGUGUGCGAGGUGGACGAAACCAACCAGCCCAUGUGCAUCUGCCAAGACCCCUCGACCUGCCCCAAGGCUCUCAACGAUUUCGAGAAGGUGUGCGGCACCGACAACGCCACCUACGGAAGCAGCUGCCACUUCCACGCUCACAAGUGCACCCUGGAGGGUACCAAGAAAGGACGCAGACUGCACCUCGACUACCUGGGGCCCUGCAAGGAGAUCACCCCUUGUGAUGAUGCUGAGCUGUCCGAAUUCCCACUGCGCAUGCGCGACUGGCUCAAGAACGUCCUAGUGCAGACCUACAACAACAACCCCUCCCAGCUCACCGACAAGCAGCAGAGCCGGGUGAAGAAGAUGGUCGAGAACGGGAAGCGUCUGGAGGCCGGCGACCACUCGGUGGAGAUCCUGCGGCGCGACUUCGUGAAGAACUACAAGAUGUUCGUCUACCCGGUGCACUGGCAGUUCGCUCAGCUCGACGGCACGCCGGGAGACCAGUACCUCUCCCACUCGGAGCUGGCCCCGCUGAGGGCCCCUCUGGUGCCUAUGGAGCACUGCACCACGCGAUUCUUCCUGUCGUGCGACGCCGACUCGGACGCCUUCGUCUCCCUCGCGGAGUGGGCGACGUGCUUCGGAGUCAAGCCCGAGGAUGUGAGCGAAGACCUGCUGAUGUAGGAGGAGACACGAGAAGAGGGAUAUAGAACUCCCAUUGCAAGGCGUACUCACCCGCACGCAUGCCCACAAUGCAUACAUUGACACGCACUUGUACACAAGUAUUUCAACACAAAGGCACACACGCGCACUCCGUAACUAUUGACAUGCGCAACGUACGUACGUAUGCACGGGCGCUCACACACUCACUCACUCACACACUCACUCAGGCGCUCACUCACACACUCACUCACACACUUACUCACACACUUACUCACACACUCACUCACGCACUUACUCACACGCUCACGCACUCAUUCACACACUUACUCAGGCGCUCACACACACACACUCACGCACUCAUUCACACACUUAACUCAGGCGCUCACUCACACACUCACUCACGCACUUAUUCACACGCUCACACACACUCACACACUCACUCACGCACUCAUUCACACACAUAACUCACUCGCUCACUCACACGCUCACUCACAUUCUCACUCACUCGCUCACGCACUCAUUCACACACAUAACUCACUCGCUCACUCACACGCUCACUCACUCACUCACACGCUCACUCACACACUCGCUCACUCACACACACACGCGCGCGCGCACUUUCCUGCCAAGGAAAAUAUUCUGUAGGUGGAUUAAGGACCAAUAAAUACUUUCCUCCAAAA